UUGUGCUCUUGCUGCUUUUGCUGUCUUCUGCCCCCUUGGACUAUUUCCCCUGAGCUCUGCCAUACUGCCUUGGAGCCAGCUGAUUAUGGACUGAAACUUCCACAAACUGUGAGUUAAUAAAUCUUUCUUUCCUUAACUCUGGGUGUUAGGUAUUUUGUCUCAGCAAUGAGAGAAAAGUAACCAAGCCAGGAGGCCAAGGUAGAGGUGGCCGGCUGUGCCUGGGCCCAUCAGUCCUGUGACUGCACAGGGGCCAGUGUGAGGUCACAGUGCUUAGCUGUAUAUACAGCUGUGGCUUGGCUGGGGUUUUCAUCCCAGAGAUCUCUUGCGGGUGAUCUGGGAUUUGUGCGCGGAGUGUGGUUGGUGAUUGAUUUGGUGGUGUGGAGAGUAUAGAUUUUGUUUAUAUCGUGAUGUCCAGUGUGGAUGAUGAGUGCAGUGAGGGAACAUCAUGGCGGGACCUCGAGAUCAGGUCCCACAGACGCAGCCUCAUGAAAGAUUACGCAGUGCUGCACCCCCUCGGCCGGGGAGGCUUUGGCACCGUACUGCUGGCAGAACAUCGCGGCACAGGGAUGCUGGUGGCUGUAAAAGUUUUGGAGAAGAACAAACUGAAGCUGACCUCCACGACAUCAGAGGUCAAGAUCCUAAAGGACCUCCAGCAUCCCAACAUUGUCCAGCUAUUAGAAGUACUCGAAACUGAGCGUGAAUUACUCCUGGUCCUGGAGUACGUGAGGGGGAGAGACCUGUGGCAGUACAUCGCCAAGACUGGCAGGGGCAGGCUGCUGGAGGAGGAGGCGCGGGCGCUGUUCCGAGAGCUCGUGGAGGCCGUGCAGUACUGCCAUGACCUGGGGAUUGUGCACGGGGACCUCAAACCAGGAAACAUCUUAAUGGACACUGAGGGCCAUCCCAAGCUCAGUGACUUUGGCUUGGGGUUCAGGUUCCAUCCCGGCCAGAAGGUGACCGCACCUGGGGGCACGUUAUACUACUGUGCUCCUGAGGUCUUCUUGGGAGGAAAGCACCAAGGCCCACCCGUGGAUGCUUGGUCUCUUGGGAUUAUUUUGUAUGAGGUGGUAGCUGGGUACUGCCCAUUUCUUGGAAGGAAACAACAGGUGAUACAGAAGGCCCUGGGACGAAGAUACGUUUUCCCCACCUUCUUCUCCACAGAGCUGAAAAGCUUAAUCUCAGAGCUCCUCACCCCCAACCCCAGGAUGCGCCCCACACUGAACCAGGUGUUGCAGCACGGGUGGCUCUGCGGUGCACCUUCCCGUAGUCCCCCGAAGGCGCUGUCCAAGAGCAUGAAGACCUCGAUCCUGAACGUCAUGGCUGGGAUGGGGUAUAACCCACUGAAGGUCAUCGAUGCUCUGAGGUAUAAGAAAUUCAACAAACAGAUGGUGACCUUCCUGCUGCUACAGGACCAGGCACUCCAGGGGCUUGGCUUCAGAGUCCAGGUGAAGCCUCGGCAUCCAGCUGAAGACCUGGACUUGGAGGAAGCGCCAUCAUCCUCCACAGACCUGACCUCCUCCUCUCCCCUCCCAAGCAGGAGGGCCAGCGAGCCUGCUCCCCGCACCGAGCCCUUCUUCUCUGGGGUGAAGCUUCCAGGGCAGCAGGGUGACAGAGGCUCCCCGACACUCACUCCCAUCUCCAAGAUCCCCGUUUGUGAUGCGCCCUGCCAGCCCAGCUCUGUCGCUUCCAGUGCAUGCUGCCAGCCCAGCUGUGCCACUCCUAGCAUGUCCUGCCAGCCCAGCUCUCUAUCUCCCAACCUACACUGCUCACCCAGCCCUGGGAUCCUCAGCAGGGCCUGCCAGCCCAGUCCUGGAGCCUCCCAGCCCAGUCCUGGGGCCUCCCAGCCUAGUCCUGGGGCCUCCCAGCCCAGUCCUGGAGCCUCCCAGCCCAGUCCUGGGGCCUCCCACUCCAACUCCUGCACCGGGGCAGCCCCGGCCAGCAGUGGGAGGCGGGGCUGGAAGGCCGUGAAGAGGAGGAUCACAGGCUGCCUGCAGGCCCUCUGCUGCUGCCCGCUGCCAGCCUGGGGCCGCCGCCUAUCCAAGGUGGCUCCAUUGUAAAAAGGACAGCAGAGACCCACAGGACAUUCAAGGAGGCCGAGCGGUCCAGGUACUUCCUGCGAGCGGGCUGUGUCCUGAUGAUGUCGUUUUCAGUUGUCAGGGCGGAGAGGAGGGGAGAGGAAGGGACAGGGAAGGGAGGUGUGGGCAGAGGGAAGAGCCUCAGAUGCUCAGGAGGAGUUGCUGUGGGGUCUACGCAGGGGAGGGUGGCGUGACCACAGAAAACAGCACAGCUGCUACGUUUCCAAGCAAGCGUCCACGUUAUGGGCCUCCUUGCAUUUUUAGUGCAGAUCCACCAUCCCUCCCCUGCACUUGGACGUCCGGCCAACGGGAUCCGCCGCGGGAGGAGGCCGCAGUGAGUCACCUGCAGCCCUUUGUCGGGGGAGCUGGAGGGGAGAGGGGGAGGCCCUGUCACCAGUGCACCCUGCGGGGGAAGCGGGUGCGCAGCCCGGGAAGGCUGUGCGGGAGCCAGGAGCCGAGAUCCGGGGGGAGGAGGGCAGGGGAGGAGCAGGAGGGGGGCUCACCCGGCUCGUGUCCCGCCCAGCGGCAGGGAGGGCCCGGCGCCGCGGAGCCUCCUGGCCUCCCGCCCUCCCGCAAGGUGCAGGGAGACGCGGGACGGGGACUGUCGAGCGCAGCCAGGACUUUCUCCCACAGCCUCCGCGGCGAGGGCUUCUCCGUGUCCCCCCGCUCGCCCCUCCGCGGGCCCGUGAGCGAGGAGGGAUCCGGGCGAAGAGAGGCGGCGCCGCGGAUCCCAGCCCCAGCCACCAAGCAUCCUCUUCGCUCCAGAAACUUGCGUGGUCCCCGCCACUUCCUUCGGGGCCCUCCCCGCCCCCGGCAGGGAUGCCGUGUUCUCCGCUGCCACCGUGUGGUAGCAAGGUGGAACAGCAGUGCCUCACCUCGGUCUGCACCUCUGCCUGCUCCCUCCCCAGGACCUGGCGCCCAGCGAGCUGCGCUUGGCAGGCCCCUGCUCCCUCAUUAGCCCGCAGAAGUGCCUGACGCCGCAGCACACCGCCUGCUGCUGGUCACCCAGAGUUUCGCCUGCACCCCCAGGCACCACAGCCCAUCGCACCAGGACUUUCUGUUGUUGCUGGAGCUUCUGUACCAGCAGCAGAGUUGGCAUCGGCGGUGGCGGCAGCAGCCUCACCACCAAGUGCUACUGAGCCCCUGCCAGCCGUGGUCCAGACUCUGCCCCCAGACCACAGCUAAUAACCCCGACUCCCAACAUGGCUACGCUGGACUCCCCCUAGUCACGGGAGAACAGAGCUUACCACAAAGUUAAACAGUGCCGCCGGUUCAGCACAAAACCAAGAACAGACGCUGUGAGCAUCAAACGCUGAGAAGAUGUUUUUUACCGCUGCAGUCCCAGUAGCCACUAGCACGGGGAGCUCUUCUAGCAGGUUGGCCUUGGGGUUCCAGCGAUGACCGUCAAACAAGAGGAGGCCAUCCAACAAACGUCAGUGUGCGGAGGGGACUCUGCCGAGUAGUGGGCAGCAGGUGGAGAAAGGGCUGCUCUCCCCUGACCUUCAGGGCCAGUUCCUGAGUGAGUAACACGAAGGCAUCAUCUGGUCUAAGACGUGUGGGGAGAAAUUCUACACAAUGUGCUUACAAUACAGGGACAGCGUGUUUCACACCAGUACACAGGGUGACCGUGACUGUCUCUCAGUCAGUUUGAACUUCAUCUGGAUACAGAAACCUGAGCCGCACCGGAAGGUGGCGGGCUCCGUGUCAGGUUGCAUAGGCUGAUGUGGUGGCGUGCCGUCACCACACGCGGCACCGAGAUGGCGCUGCUGGCCAUCAGCACUGUGGACCCCUCGCCGCCCCGUGGCCCUCGCACAGCGUGAAGCCCGUGGUGCUCAGCAGCUCCUUGAAGAGGAAGGCGAAGCACUCUUCUUUUAAAUGGUCAUCAGUCACCACAGUCAGCUCAAUCUUGGGAAUCAUCAGCUUCGUGGGAAUCAAUGCCUCGAUGGCCUGUCAAAAAUGCAUCUACUGUACCUGACCUCCAAGUCUUGUUAGCGACACGGAACACUGCAGAGCAGUUCCUCCAGAAGCCUGGGACUGGCCGAUGGCUCGAUGCCCAGCACAACUAGAGAUUCUGGGAGUAUUUCCCAGCUCUGCCUCAGUACCAUUUCCGUUCCUGUGCCUGUACUUACCUCAGCCCACAACCUCCUUCUGUGCCUUGGUCUGUUUUUAAAUUUGUACUAAAGUUCACAUUGAAAUUUCACUCCCAGUUCGAGACCUGAAACACUCAAAACACACAGCCAGGCAUCGCCAGGAACCAAGUGCUCUGGGUGAGGACAGGGAAGAGAGUGCCUGCCGCACACCGUAGGCAGAGGGGCCUCAAAGGCGCUGCAGACUCUUGGGAGGCACCAGGAACGUCUCACACCAGAGGAGUUUGCCAUGGGUUUGGACUAAUCUGAAUUUAGGAUCAAAAAGAAAUACGUGAUGACGUCUACGUGAAUGGUCCAAGAACGGGAUGGUGUGUACUUGAUGGGACCAUUCUGAUCCCUCACGCGGCUGUGUCAGGGGAGCCUAGAGGAAAGUUGGAGCACAACUGUCCCUGGAUGGCUGUUACCCAGGAGAGAGGAGAGUAAAAUGCAGAGACAGGUGAAGCACUCCACUGGAUUCUGUAGCUCUGUCCUCCCCAGCAGGAGCGUGUGGCCUUUCCACAGUUGCUAAAAUGACACAUCUUCGGAGAGGGGAGCUAAGGACUUCCUUUUCUUAAAGCUUGCAGUUUUCUCAGGAGCACUCGAUCCCCUCAAGUCCCCCUGGAGAGAAGACUGUAACCCACCAGAACGUUUUGAGAAGAAAGACGAUGUUAAUACAUUCUCCGUGUACCUUCAUUUUAAAACUUUCAUUCAUAGUGGAUACGGCAGCGGCCCUUUCAAUAGGAAAACGCAGGCCAAGGUAUCGUCGUCUGUCCUAACCUCCAUUUGUGUGUACGAGACCUCCCACUGGCUGUUUACCUAUUUUUAUCAGCCAAUAAAUGUGAACGGAUCCCCUUUGCUUGCUAGUAAAGUACAAAGGCUAUGAAGACAAAUGAAAGUGCAAGCCGUUUAGCGAGAACCCAAGACCGCCGACUGCGCUAUGGGAUUAAUAGGAGAAGCACACGCUUGUGUGGGAUUUGUGCAUAUGUGAGGGAGGACGGCUUCGGACUGGUGAGUGUGCCCAUUGGGUCUUCCUGGUUUUUGACUUUGGAGUCGUAAUCACCUUCUCUUCCCUUUUCUCAAAACAGAUGCAACCCCUUCGAUGCUGUUAGGAGCUGUGGCUAAAUGAGCAUGUGGAGCUGUGGCUGGGCUUCCUUUAAGUGGGCAGCAAAGGUGAUUGUCAGUGUUUCCUUUUUUGUAAGACAACGACAAUAUUAAUGGCCUGAUGGUGGAGGUGACCUGUAAGGUCCAGGAGUAACAGCCAAGAUUUGCUCGUUCGUGCAUCUGAGACACUUGGCUACAUUCUGGACGUCAAUCCUAUUAUUAUUUACCAUCUCCUCGCAUGUGAUGUGCAGAUUAAUCUCAUGCUGCCUAUGAAAAAACAAAUAUGCACCCCUGCUACCACCUUGUCAUCUGUCCUCCUGCAAGGCCCCAGGUGCCCAGAUCUGAUGGCUGUCUCCUGAGGCCCCUGCCGCCCACUGUACUCCAGGUCUGUCCUGACCACGGGCUGCGGUGCCCUGACCCAAGCUUUCCUCACUCAUUUCUGAACCAUCCGAGGAUCAGAGGAUUGUCCUGGGUCUCAGCAACUGCAAGACAACACUGUCUAAAAUAUGAAGGCAAAUAAGACGUUGUACCUGACUGUGAGAACUUAAAAUUGAGACAAGAGACAAGGAAGUACUUUCCAUCAUCUGGGACACUUUUCUCACAGAGGUGCCGGGGAGGCCCCGCAGGAGACUCACAGUCCAGCCGCCAUUGGGAAGGGCUGGGGCGGGGUGACAGCAGCCGUGCGUCUCGGAGGGUGUGAGGUGGGCCUGAGUUCUGAAGGGAAGAGAAUGUGUGGGGAGGAAUCCGGGGUUCUGAUAAAGGCACUGUGUUGGCUGAGGUGAUGACAGUGGUGAUACUGGUGAUCAUUUUCCUUGCUUUUCUCCUCAGAUACUUACUGUAUGUUCCUACCUCGUGAAGAUGAACAGAAAGAGAAGAUUUUCCAGGCACACUGACAUAAGAAACAGUUUUCUCUGAAGUCACCAUCCGGAGCUCAGCCAACACUGUCCUGCAUCUCUUCCACAUCCUCACAUUUCUCCUCAAGCCCCUGGACCUGACUAUCACGCAGCUGGCCCUGCCUCACCUGGUGAUGCUGCAAAAAUCUCUGGUGAGAAAUUUUUAACCUACCUGAGAACUCAGAAAAGUGAA